CGUGCAGGUGACAUACGGCGACGUUUUCGUCAUUUGAAGUUAUUAAUUGUUACUACUGUUAUUGCUACUUGUUUACAAAUCAAAGGCAAAGGAAUUUCUAGCUAGAUAUUCAAUUUGCGAAUAUCUGUUAAAAUUUUAACCACCGGCAUUUGUUAGCAAGCGAAGACAAUCAAAUAUGGCAACGAAAGCAAAAGACGGCGGCAGUCUACUUGUGUCGGCGGUUUUCUCCUGCAUUCUGAGUUUGGUAAUAUUCUUCAUGAUGCGUUUUUAUGCUGAGUGGAUUGCUACCUCACAGAUGCAUGCUAUAGUGAUUGCUCUCAUUGGCGCAUUGCUAUUUCUGCUCGCACUCGCUACUGUCUCCAGAUCUGUGAUUUUGGUGUUUGGUAACGAGUUCCAUGCUAAAUUCAUACCCGAUAUAAUGGCGUGUGCGGCACUUGCAGCGGCUGCAUUCGGUGUUGUGCAUCGUGUUUGCACCAUAACUUGGAUUCUCUUUGGGAUUGUGGCAGUAUAUGUAGUUAAUCGCAUCUUCAACAAAUUUAUUGAAAAAGCAUCUAUGCCAGAAGGAAUGUCACCAUGCAAAUCCGAGAAAAAGAAGAAAAAGAUAAAACGCCAACGCAUAUAAUGAAUUUAAUUAAUUUUAGCAAGGCGAUUAUUGCUUUAAUAGUAGCUUACUUUAUUCCAAACAAAACUUUUUUGUGAGUAAUUUGGCUCUGGCUUUGGGCUUUAAGAUUCAGUACGGACAGAUACUUUUGAAAUAAUAUUUUACUAAGAGAAAUUUGUAGAGUUUGGUAAGCUUUUAAAGCUGCGAAUUGUGGGUUUUAUACAAUAACUAUGCAAAGAGAACAAAUAAUCAAAUUUUUAUAUAAAUUUAAAAAUUUAUAUUAGCACAAUAAAAUACUAUAAAAACGUGUCAAAUUUGAGAAACUUAAAAAGCUUUAAAUUAAAAUUAAAAAAAAAAUCGCGAGGCCAAACAAUGCCUUUUUGCAAAUUUGUCUAAAUCAAUAUAAAAGUUACACUAUAUCUAUGUAUGUAUUUAGCAUUUACUAAAUUCAAUAUACACAAAACAUCCAUAUUAUAUAUUUUUAU